CAUAUGGUCAAAAUAUUAUCGGAUUAGUUAUCGUAAAAUUUUGAUGGAUUUAACGUUCACAAUAAAUGUAUUUAAACUUACUUACAGGUAAAUCUUAAUUAUUCAUAGGCAAACUGACCAAUCAAUGAACAGCUUUGACACGCAAUUGAGUCACGGUUCCACAAAUGAAUUUCUAUUAAAAUAGUACUGCAGUAAUGAGUUCUGCAUAGAUGGUAAAUGAACUCAAUUAACAUUUUAUUUAAUUAUUCAUUUUGAAAAUGGCUUUAGAACAUAAUGAAAACCUGGACAUUCAAAUGGCACAAACGGAAUCGUUAUUUACAGCCGAUCAUUCUGAACAAGAAAAUCUAGGAUUGAACAAUACUCCGCCUCAAAAAGAUAUUCGAGACGAUAUUGAAGCAUCUGGUUACAUAGAAGAGGAGCAGUUGAUCCAUGGACAAACUAUAGGGACUGAAGAUAAUUUAAACAUAACUAAGGAACAUUUCCAAGUUGUCUGCAGCAAUUCAGAUGUCUCAACAAAUGAAGUUACCGUGGGGAACGCUGGUGCCUCGGAAUUAGCGGGUCCUACACAAUCACAAAUGCCUCAGUCCGACCCGCCUGCUUUAAACCAGCACGAUACAUUAGGAUUGGCAGCAUCUUCUCCAUGCGGUGAGCAACAGGAUCCUCCCCAGUUAGAGCCAAACGAUGCACAUCAAAGUCAAUACAUUGACACUACCAGUCAACAGACUCAGUCAGCACCACAAUAUAUCCCCUGUGCAGAUACAGAUGAUGCAUUAACAGGGACCACCGGGCACUUAGGACAUCAGUUGCAGCAGACAUCAGCGCCCUCUGAAGGGGACCAAAUAUCAACAAGUUUACAACAAGCACAACCUGAAUUCGAACUUGAUUCCUCGCAAGACCUCAGCGACGCUGAUCUUAGCGAAGAUGCAACAGGGGACAGCGACGGAGUUCUGUCCGGUCUCAACUUCGAUGAUGAUAAGUAUAUUACGAGUAAAAAACAGCGGCGGAACAGAACGACAUUCACGGUUGAACAGCUGAGGGAACUGGAGGGCGUUUUUCAACACACACAUUACCCCGACUGUACCUUAAGAGAACAAAUCGCCGACAAAGUGAAACUGACUGAGGCCAGAGUACAGGUUUGGUUCCAAAACAGACGAGCAAAAUGGCGAAAACAAGAGAAGUCAAUGGCGAGGAUGUACGAGAUGUGGCGUCACAAGAUGCAACAAGUGCCCGGAUACCCACCGCUGAUGCCACCCUACAGUAAUGCUGGCAUGCCAGGCAUGUCAAGGCCGCCAUCUUCAAUGUUUGUCCCCCGUCUCCCCCUCUCAGUCCCUCCGAUGUACCCACCAGGACAGUAUCCCCCUGGGCCAUCCGGGCCAACCAGAUACAGCAUGCCAAACGGUGGUCAACUUCAAAGUCAACUUCCAGGAGAUGUUCCAAAAGUACGCCUUGAGCCAUCUCCAGCCCGACAUUAUGAGGACGAGAUGAUGUCACGAAAUCUUAAAGACAGUUUUAUGAUGAGCUCGAAUCCAGCCCAUGUGCCAAAUAACAUUAUGAAGCCUAUCUAGUCAAACGUGUGACGAGGAAGUUAUGAAAUGGCUUUCCAUCAAAGAAACCGGAGUUUUGUAAAAAAUACUGGUACAUCGUUACUAUACCCUAUGUAAGUAGUGAUCCAUUCCGUGACACUGGGUUUGUUUAAAUUACUACGAAAUAUAACUGAUCAUUUCUGUAAAAAUGGUGACCUGACCCGAUGGAAACAGAUCCCAGAUCCAAUAAUCUAGAAUUUAAAAAGUUGGAACAACUUUUCUAUUUUUACAUUUGGCGAAUGUAAACAACGGAGGUUACUUUGCUAAAGGCUUUUAACUCUUCUAUCCAUAGGUUUACAAUUGGUUUCUGUACAAAGUACAAUCAAUCCCCUAGCUAGAGACUGGGCGCUGUUGUAUCGCGCGCCAACUAGCUGUGAAACAUUAUCUCCAUUUUCGUAGGAUAAGGUCACCAUUUCUACUGAAAUGAUCAUUUCCGUUAUUAUUUUCAAAAACGCAGUGACACGGAUAACAUCACUUGCAUAGGGAGUAAAUGUCAGUAUUUUGUGAGAUUCGCUUCAUGAUCUCAAGUGAUCUCAUGAUCUCUGAUGCUGUUAAUACAGCGUGUAAAGUGACAUCUAUAUGACAGUUUACCACUUCUUCCAGGUGUAAUAAAAUCGAAGUGUUCAAAGUUAUUGAUAAGAUGAUACUUAUAUUAACAUGUGUCAUGUAAAAUUACCCUUUAUGAGAGGAAAAUGUGAUACCGUGUGGUAUCUACUAUAUUAUAGUAUCGUGCGGUAUCUACCUUAUUAGUGUUUGCACUGGGUAAUUUCAACUUUAAAAUUACCUAUUUUAUAGGGUAAUAGUUUUACAUGACAUCGUUGUUCGUAUAUAUUACUGUUGAAUACCAAUCUUGCCAUUUUUGUACAUGUACG